AUGGACUUAGCUGCUGCUGCUUCCUACGAUGAAAAGCCAACUUCGAGUCAAGUUCUUCCCCCCUAUCCUUAUAUGCCUACAACUCUUCAGGCUAGCCGUGACAAGUUGAAGCUUUACUCUCCUUCAAACUCACCUCCGAGCUCUCCCCCAUCAAUUGGAAUAUCAGAGCUCGGGAGUAUGGCCUCAGAGGAUGAGGACGAUAACUUCCCUGUGACACCUAAUUCUAAGCGGUCCCAGGCCAGUGGCAAAAAAAUACAUUCGUGUAAUCAGUACUCGGAAGGUAUGAGCACCAAGGAUCAGGAGGCGUUAUUAACACAUGUAAAGAAUAUGAGCAAGCACUCAUUCCACUGCGCCAUUCACUACAAAGAAGCGGUUCGUGAGACCUUGCGCAUGGAGUACUUAUACAGAGGCUGGCUGCUUGAGACGUCAAGAAGGUUGAACGUCUUUGACAAGUCCUUACAUCAUGAAAUGGAUUUGGAACUUGGGAAGGCAGAGCAAGAAUUGCAGUGGCUAGUGCAUGUGCUUGUUGGCCAGACGGAACCGCUACGUGCAGCGGCUACUCAUCAAGAUCCUGGUGUCCACCUUGAAUAUCUUACUGCAGCUCGAGAUGGCACCAGGAGAGCUCUCGAUCAUGCUGAUGCUGAGAUUGCUGUAUUAAAACAAUUUCCCAUCGGCGAUAGUGACGAUAAAUCGGAAGCCAUCCGAGUUACGGCUGUGCCAAGAACAUGCCACAAUGCGGAACUGAUUAUGAUUACUCUGAAGACAUUCGAUCAUUCCUCUCACCAGUUCCAGGAUUUGAUGGACAAGUUGGUGGCGGUCAUGGUCAUCGUCCACCUGAUUCCUCCUUUGCCAGGUCUGGUCCUGAUAAUGACGGGGCCGGGCCAACAGACACUCAGACCCGGCUCAACCUCCUCAGCAUACAGCAUCAUUAUCAACAAACGCAACAUCAGUCUCCAGGUCGUCGUCGUGACAGUGAUCCCACAGGUGACCUUCACCUAUGAUCAAGGCGAUCACAAUGAUCGUCCACCAGUCCUACCCCAUUUUGAACGUUGCGGUUCCGUCAUGCAAAUGCAAACACUCCAGCCGCCUCAGCCAACCUUUAGUGGUUAUUAUCAAGGCAGUCUAACUCAAGCUGUGCCUCCAGCACCAGCACCAGCGGCACCAUCUGAUCAUUCCCGUUCUGUGACGCCGACUGUGUACACGCCUCAGUCAACCCUAGUAAUAGCCCUCGGUGGUCAUCAGGGUGAUCCGAGUCAUCGUGACAAUGUUCAUCUGCCUCCACCAGUCACGAUACCAUCCCAUCAUCGACAUUCCGUAACACAGAUGCAUACUCCCCAAACGACCUUCGACGAUUAUCAAGGCAAUGCGCCUCAAAAUCUACCAAUCCCAUCUGAUCAUUCACGUUCGAUGUGCACACCUCAGUCAACCCUCGGCAAUUAUCAAGGAAAUGCGGCACUUGUACCAAUCAUCCCACCUGAUCUGAGUCGUUCUCAUUCACUUUACACCCCAUUUGGUCCUUAUCCAGGUGCCAUGCAAACACUGAUUCCAAGCAAUUGGCUUCCAUCACUCCCACCCAAUCCACAUUCGGGUGUUGCCAGUGCGGCGCAGAUGAAUGCACCCCCGCCAACCCUCAACGAUUACGAUGGCAGUUUGCUUUCAUCGGUCAUGGUCCCAUCUCAGGAUCUCCGUCCGAGUGAUCUGGCACUCAGACUACAGCCGCCGCCAGCUUUUGCUGAUUAUCGGCGCAGUUUUGCUGCUCCAGUCAUGUCUAUGGACGGUAUUUCCUCACUACCAUCAGUAGCACCAGAUGAUGUGCAACCCCUCACGAUCCUCACACCCCCCAUCUACCUGAGUAGCCAAACAUCUGAAAAACGCAAGGGUGACUGGCGAUUCAUCGAACAUUCUGGUCCGCGACGAAAAAUGUUCAAAACCCCCUCACUAGAGCCCUCUGACCCGGUCACCACUGAGUCUAUGCCGCAUAUCCAUUUUCCCCCUCUCGAAUAUCAAGAAAACCUCUCACCACAUGAAGGUUUUGUUCUGGCUGCAAGGGAGCAGCUUAUUUGGGACGCGGUUAACGACUGUGCAAUGAUAAGACGUUCAGAAAGGGAGAGCUUGGCACAGGUUGCGCUAGCAAAUGCAGUCAAUGAUUGCUUAGAGAAGACUUAUAAUAUUCGACCCGACUCAGCCGAGUCAGUGAAAAAAACAGUCAAAGAUUUUGGUCAACGUUGGGCGGCAAAAAAUGCCGGAUCAUUGUACAUGAAGCUCUCCGCACCACCCAAGCUCAUAAUGGCGGCUUGCAAGGAGAUGGCAUUCAUCGUCAUUGAUCGAGCCUACGAUCUACGUCCCUCGCUUUGGUCAAAUACAGCAGAAUCAAAGUUGAAGCAAGUCAAGAUCAAAGACCUCAUCGGCGACGUAAUGUGGCCUCUCAAAUUUAUUUUCAAGAAGGACGAAAUUACUGACCAAUGGAUGGCGUUUGAACACAAUGCGAUUCUAGACGUGGUUAUCAGCGUAGUGAGGAAACUCAAUUACUGGGACUACAUCUAUGAUCUGGACAACCUCUAUUGCACGGCUGCAGCUGCAAUUUACUGCGUUUUGACGCAGUUUUCUUCCGGAUGGUUUAACCGUGCAGUCGACUUCAUGGCAGAAAGUUUCAAGUUUAUGUAUGAUUUAUUGAUGGGACACAUCAUCAACGUCAUCAAGAAGGAUGAAAGCUUGGCAAAGCGAUGGGUGGAUGUGAAGGCUUAUACCACUACCAGAUUAUCUGAUUUGUGUCCGAGACGUGACUCAAAUACUUCAAGUUAG